UUUUUUUAUUUCUGUGUAACAAAGCAAGGUUGUAAAUAUAAAGCUGUCUAGUAAAUAAUAAUUUUUGUUUUCGUUUUCUUUUGUUUAUUGUUGUUUUAAAAGUAAAAGUGGAAAUUUAGGUAUUUAAAAAUAAAUUUCGAACUGAAUUUAAAAUUAUGUUAGACUUAUUCACAAUAUUCACAAAAGGUGGAAUUGUUUUGUGGUGCUUUCGUGGCACGAAGCAAUUGUUUGCACCCUCAGUGAAUGCUUUAAUUAGGACGGUCAUAUUACAGGAAAGAUCUGGAUCUUUUGAUAGCGAUAAUUUAACGUUGCAGUAUAAAUUGGAUAAUGAAUUUGAAUUGGUAUUCGUGGUUGCGUUUCAAAAAAUACUGCAAUUGUCAUAUGUGGAUAAAUUUUUGACAGACGUACAUUUGGAAUUUAGAGAUAAAUAUAAAAAUGAGCUACAAUCAGCGAGUCGAAAUUACAUGAACUAUGAAUUUGAGCAAGAAUUUCAUAAGAUCUUGGAGCUAGCGGAGGAAUGGGGUCGAACUCAAUUAAAAAUUCCAAAGCAGAUGAGAUCAUAUGAAGAUUCUGCGAAAUCUAAAAAGACUGUAGCAUCAAUGAUAGAACGUAGAGGUGACAUGAAUGACAAAAGUAGCGGUCAAUCGGCGAAAAAAUCAGUUAAAAUUGUGGAAGCUGAAAAGGAGCAAAAUAACUCAUUCGAAAUAAAUCCAAGUCGUGAGGAAGUUAUUCUAGCCAAUCGCAAAAAAUUAAUGGAAAAAAUGGGAGGAAAACAAGGUAAAAAUAAAGAAAAAAAGAGUCCUAAACCAGAAAAGGAAAAAUCUUGUAAAAAGCCCAGAGUUUGGGAUUUAGGUGGUACAAAUCGGGAUAUGCCGAACUUAGACAGAUCUAAAGAUAAACCAGAAGAUAUGAGAAGCGAUUUUGACCAUCAAAACGAGAUGAUUGGGACAAUGAAAGGUGGUAUACAGGAUUUACAAGUAGAAAGUGAAAGUGAAGAAUACUCAGAGUCGGAAUCUGAAGAAGAAUAUGUCGCGCAAAAGAACCAGUCGAAACCGAAUAGUACAUCAAAUAAAAAAUCAGGUGGCGGAAUGUUUUCAUUAUUCAAAGGUUUGGUCGGUUCCAAAGCUCUAUCGAGAAGUGAUAUGUCUCCAGCAUUAGACAAAUUGAAAGAUCACUUAAUAUCAAAAAAUGUAGCUGCUGAUAUAGCUUGCAAAUUAUGUGAUUCUGUAGCUACAAAACUAGAAGGAAAAGUUUUGGGUACAUUUGAAACUAUUCAAGCAACUGUUAAAUCAACCUUAACAGAUGCCUUGGUACAAAUUUUAUCACCUAAACGUAGAGUUGAUAUUUUGCGAGACUCAAUGGAGGCUAAAAAAAAUAAUCGUCCAUAUGUUAUGACUUUUUGCGGUGUAAACGGUGUUGGAAAGUCGACAAAUUUAGCAAAGAUUUGUUUUUGGCUGAUUGAGAAUAAUUUUAAUGUACUGAUAGCAGCAUGUGAUACAUUUCGUGCUGGUGCUGUUGAACAACUAAGAACUCAUACCCGCCAUUUGAAUGCUUUACACCCAUCAGAAAAACAUAACGGACGCACCAUGGUUGAGUUAUAUGAAAAAGGUUACGGAAAAGAUGCAGCUGGAAUAGCAAUGGAAGCUAUAAGAUAUGCAAAAGAAAGUAACAAAGAUAUUGUACUAGUAGAUACUGCUGGGAGAAUGCAGGACAACGAACCAUUAAUGAGAGCUUUGGCCAAAUUAAUUAAAGUUAAUGAACCAGAUUUGGUAUUGUUUGUUGGCGAAGCAUUGGUUGGUAACGAAGCUGUUGAUCAGUUAGUUAAAUUCAAUCAGGCAUUGGCUGACUUUUCAUCUAAUGAAAAUCCGCAUAUUAUUGAUGGGAUUGUUUUGACAAAAUUUGAUACAAUUGAUGAUAAAGUUGGUGCUGCUAUUUCAAUGACAUAUAUUACAGGACAACCUAUUGUUUUUGUUGGUACUGGACAAACUUAUACUGAUUUAAAAGCUAUUAACGCUAAAGCUGUUGUAACAGCCCUGAUGAAAUGAAAAAGAAUUACGAAACACGGAAUAAAUAUAUUUCUACAGGUAAUAAAUAUUUUAAAAGCGGAAAUGAAUGGUCAAUGUAUUUCAAUAUAAAAAUAUUUUCAACAAUAUCAUGGAUAUAUUUUUUCAUAAUUUUAUUUAGGAAACAAGUUUUUAUAUGUUGUUUUGUUAUUGAAUUUUUUAAUGCUUUUACAUGCAUUUUAUUUAUAAAUACGAUUAGGUAUAUUUAAAUUCAAAAAAAUUAGCUGAGAAAAAUAAUGAAUUUUAAAUUCAAUAUUAAUAAAAUUGAGAGGAACACGAUUUUUUUUUU